GUGAGCACGCUCGGAUGUAUGUGUUGUUCUGUUUUGCCGCCCUGCAGCAAGUACACUUUUCAUACAUGAGUACAAACAAAUCGUAACUUCUCAUGUAAGCAAGGGAGAAGCGACAAUGUCUUCCGAUGUUUUCACAGUUGGUGGGAUUCAGGGCUAUCUGCUGAAGCUUCAUUCAUUUCUGUCAGACACAGAGACUAGGAACGCAGCGCUCAUCUGCCAUGACAUUAUUGGAGACCUGGGGCAAGAGUGUUUGAUCACCAAGAAUGAGAACGAACUGGUUUUUCAGACAUCUUUGCUUUUUGCAAAGGAAGAAGGAUUGCUUAGCUUUCUCCGAAAGUCUCUUGCUAAUGAAACGCUACGGGAUACAAGAGUGGACAUUCUGAAUUUUCUGGGGGCCUUUCUACAGAGAAUGUCAGGUGUUGUCCGAGGAUGGGACAAGAACUACGCUGUCGACCUUAAGGAAACUUGUCUUGUCGUCUACACAAAGGACAAAGCUGCAAAAUGCAGAACCCCUGCUUUAGAUCUGCUUAUCAAAAUACUGUAUAUCACAAAGGACUCUAGCGUCGCCCAGGAUUUCAAAGUUGGCGAUAUGUUCAACAAGUUUUAUGGAGAGUUAUGUCAGAAGAAUAAGUUACCUGAUACAGUGCUUGGUUACAUUUAUGAACUUCUUGGAGUGUUGGGUGAAGUGCAGCCCAGUGAGAUGGUCAACAAUUCUGACAAACUCUACAAAGCCUAUCUGGGAGAACUGAAAGGACAGAUGACUUCUACUACAAAAGAGCCAAAACUUCCAGUUGUUGCUGGAUGUCUGAAGGGAAUCGCAGCUCUGAUGGUGAACUUCACCAAAUCAAUGGAGGAAGACCCAGUUAUGUCAAAAGAAAUCUUUGAUUAUGCACUGAAGGCUAUCUGUCCACAGACUGAUAUGAAACGAUAUGCAGUCAUCUUUGCCGGUCUCAAACUGUUUACUAAGCAUUCAAACCAGUUCGGCAGCUGUCUCAUGGAUAAUUAUUUUUCUAUCUUUGACGUUAUGUCCAAACUUUGUGGACAUAUCAAUGGAGAGUUGAAAAAGAGUAGUUAUGUAGCUCUUGAGUCUUUUCUGAAGCAGGUUGCCACACUUGUGGCAGAGAACAUUGAGUUGCACAAAAGCAAGUUGAAGUUCUUUAUGCAGAAGUUCUGCGCUAUCAUCAGGACCACGGAGUCCAGUAAUAAAGAACUCUCCAUUGCUAUUAGAGGAUAUGGCCUUUUUGCUGCGCCAUGUAAAGUGGUGUGCCCUCAGGAUGUAGAUCUGAUGUAUACAGAGCUGAUCCAGCGUUGCAAGCAGAUGUACCUGACCAAGUUGGACCAGGACGAUGACAACGUCUACCAGCUGCCAAGUUUCCUGGACUCCAUUGCUAGUGUUCUAAUCCACCUUGAUCGGAUCCCUGAAGUUUACACACCGGUGCUAGAGCGCCUCCUUGUGGUUCAGAUGGACAGUUUCCCUCAGUACAGUCCGAGAAUGCAGUACGCAACCUGUCGGUCCAUAAUCAAGGUGUUUGUCGCCAUGGCGGUUCGAGGUCCAGUUCUCUGGAGUUUCACCAGUUCUGUGGUUCACCAAGGCCUGAUCAGAGUAUGCUCAAAGCCAUUGCUUCAGUCAGAGGGGAAGAGUCCUCCAUCAUUCGGUGAUCCUCAAACAGAGGAUACCACACUGGUGCGCUCUGGGAAGUGGAAAGUUCCUUCUUCAAAGGACUACCUUGACCUCUUCAAAGGGCUUUUAGACUGUGAAAACCUCAAAGAUACAGGAUUCAUGGAUGGAGCUCCAGCUGCCAAGAACUACAACAUGAGAGACAUAAACCGGCACUUAUAUGAUGCUCUGGUGCAGUCAGUCAUGAAGAUUGUCGAGAAACUUGAUCUUUCAGUGCAGAAAGUAAAUACUUCAGAUGAGGCACAGAGUGAUGAAACUUCUGGAUUUAUGCCUUCAUCUGACCCCACAGCAAACCUAAUGGCCAGCAAACCUAAAGACUUCAUUGCCUUUGUCAAUUUGGUAGACUUUUGCAGUGAAUUGUUGCCCUCAAGAAAUCCAGAGUAUUUCGCCCAGUGGAUGUACCCCCUGUGUCACGAGCUCAUUCUGCAGUCAAUACGCUUUCCUCUGGUCAGCGGGUUUUAUAAACUCCUCUCACUCUCUAUGGGCAUCUCCAAGAAAAUACACUACUUUCAGGACCUAAAGGAAGAGCCUAAAGCUACUGCUAGUGGCUACUCAAUAGAAAAUGCCUGUUUUUCACUACUUGGAAAGUUUGGAAAGGAGGUUUGUGUACGUAUGAAACAGUAUAAAGAUGAGCUGCUGGCUGCUUGUUUGAUGUUCGUCCUCUCUCUUCAUCCUGACAUGGUAGCUCUGGAUAUCAAAGCAUAUAUUCCAGCUCUGCAGGCGGCCCUGCGGCUGGGUUUAAGUCAUGCUCCAUUAGCCACAGCAGCAUUGGAAGCUCUUGAAUCCUGGUCCUCUCACAUUCCCAUUUCCAUCAUGCAGCCGCACUACGCUGACAUACUGCCACACUUAGACGGCUACCUCAAAACAACCAGUCAUUCUGAAGAUGACAGCAGAAUGGAAGUGACAUUUCUGUCAUCAGGCAGUUCAAAAGGAUACAGCCAAGUAAUGAUGAGACUUCUGAAGAAGUCAAAACACCUGCCAAUGGGAGAUGAGUCUCCUAUUGCUGCUGUGAGACGCAGAGUGGUACGUCUGCUUGGACACUUGGGAGGACAGCUCAACAGGAGCCUUGUGACAGCUGUCUCUUCCGAGGACAUGAUGAAGCGUUUCGUAGCGUGGGACAGUGAGAAGAGGCUGAGUUUUGCUGUCCCUUUCAAAGACAUGAAGCCUGUAAUCUACCUAGACUCCUUCCUGCCGCGGGUCACAGAGCUUGCACUGUCCUCCAGUGACAGACAAACUAAAGUGGCAGCAUGUGAGCUUCUGCACAGUCUGGUGAUAUACAUGGUGGGUAAAGGAGCCCAGAUGACAGAGGACGACAAGUCUGCUCCUCCAAUGUACAACCUGCACCGAAGAGUCUUUCCUUUUCUUCUGCGUCUGGCCUGUGAUGUCGACCAGGUGACAAGGCAGAUUUUUGAACCUCUGGUGAUGCAGCUCAUCCACUGGUUCACCAACAACAGAAAAUUUGAGAGCCAGGACACCGUGGCAGUGCUGGAGGCCAUUUUGGAUGGAAUCGUGGAUCCAUUAGACAGCACCCUCAGAGACUUUAGUGCCACCUGCAUCCAGGAAUUUGUCAAAUGGUCAAUUAAACAGACCACCCCCAAACAGCAGGAAAAGAGCCCUGCAAACAUCAAAUCUCUAUUCAAACGCAUUUACAGCUUGGCCCUGCACCCCAACAUCUUCAAAAGACUCGGGGCUGCGCUCGCCUUCAACAGCAUGUACAGGCAUUUCAGAGAAGAGAAGUCUUUGGUGGAACAGUUUGUUUUUGAGGUACUGGUGGUGUUUGUUGAGAGCCUGUCCCUGGCCCACUUUGAUGAGAAGGCCCUGGGAACUGUUCAACAGUGCUGUAGUGCCCUGGACCAUCUGAAGAGAAUCAUCAAACACAAGGCAGACUCGCUCGAUAAGAAUUCCAAGAGACGUACACCCAGAGGUUUCCCUGCAGAUCAGGCAGUGUGCUUGUUAGAUGUAGUCAUGUGGCUGCUGACCCAGUGUGGAAGACCACAGACGGAAUGCAGACACAAAAGCAUGGAGCUCUUCUAUGAGUUUGUUCCUCUAUUAUCAGGUCAUUCAUCUCCUGUGGUAUGGCUGGAGCAACAGGUGAAGCAGCGUGGUCCAGGGUUUCUAAUUUCGUGCUUGGAGGGCGGUGGUUUACUCUCCCAGCCUACCUUGAGAGAAGUUGAAACCCCUUUUAGCAUCAGAGCCACCUUACAAUGGAUGGAUCUUCUGCUGGCUGCUCUUGACUGCUACAACACCUUCACAAGUUCGCGUUGUAUUCAGCCCCAGAAGAUUCUUGGUACCGGUGAGAAGUCCAGCUUUUUGCCAGCUGUCCGUUUUUUCUUGACAGAGCUGUCCAUGCAUGAUGUAAAAACUGCCAGCGCUUGCUUCAGAGCAGGUAAUGUUGCCCAGUUACACUUCAGCCCCCGUGAGAUAGACCAGUACAACUACAGCAAGUGCACCAUCAUCGUCCGAUUGCUGGAGUUUUGCACCAUGGUACUGCAGAAAUGUCCACAGGACCUCUGGAAGUUUAUGGAGCAGGAUAUUUUCAACUCCUCAUUUUUCUCAAUGGUGGCACUGACGGUGUGUGAGCCCUCAUCAAUUGGGUUCAACAUGGCUGAUCUGGAGGUCAUGAGUCAGCUGCCAGAGGUGUGCGUUCCUCUGUUGAAAGCUUUAGCAUUAACACAUUACAAGGCAGAACUGGAGAGUGGCAUUAGGAAGAGAAUUACUGUACAAAGUGUGGAGGAGUUGUGUACUGUUGAUCUAUAUGAGGCAGACACCAGAGACAAUCAUGCUAACAUAAAUCUGUUACUGUCAGCCUGUAAGCAGCUUCAUCAGUCUGGGCUGCUCAACUCGGUUCUGCACACUCAGGAUGUUGGUUAUGGUCACUCACUUGGAUCCAAACUUCUCACUAGUGUGUAUAAAAGUAUCGCACCUGGAAACGACAGGAAGUCACUGCCGUCUAUGGAUGUUGGCAGCAGGAAGUUGGCUGACAGACUCGUGCAGCUGGCGUUCUGUUUGGGUGAUCAGAGUGAACAGUUGGUUGGUGUUUUGCUGAACACCAUCACACUCUCCGUUCCUCUCUCCGGCAGUCUGAAUCCUCACUUCCUCAGCUUCUCUCACGGGGAAUAUUUCUACAGUCUCUUCCAGACAUCUAUCAAUGCUGAGUUACUUUGCAGAAUGGACCACACGGUACCGCUGCUGCUGACGGCAGCCAAUCAGAAUCCUAGCAUGGUUAGUGUUCUGCUCAACGGCAUGUUGGAUCAUAGUUUUCGCGAGCGCUCGGUCAGAAAAUCUCAAGGUUCCCAAUUGGCUGAGCAGGUGUUAAAGGGGUGGGAUUUACUCAGGUCAUGGUGGGAGGGUCCUGCAGCCUCACCACAAAGCAAAACUUCAGUCCUGACUUUGCUCACCAAAGUUCUCCAGAUCGACUCAUCAGUUUGCUCCAAUACUGAUCACCCAUCCUUCAAUACAGUGUUCACCACUUUUACCGCUCUUAUCACAGAUGUAGCUCUGCCCUUAAAUCUGAAGAGCCAGGCUCUGGUUAUGCUGCCCUUCUUUACUACAUUACCCAGCAUGCCACUGGAGGAGCUCAGGAGGGCUCUGGAGACUCUGGUGGCAGCACAUUUCCCCAUGCAGUCUGAUGAGUUUCCCCGCGGCUCACUCCAGUGCAACAACUACAUGGACUGCGUCCGCAAAUUGUUGGAGGCCCUGCAGCUCUCUCAGAGUCCUGCGUUACUGAAGCUCAUGGCUAGAGUUCUGUGCAGGGACAAAAAACAUAUAAUGGAGGAACUAUUUCAGACCUGCUUUCAGAAGAUUGCUCACCAGUCCCAGUUGGAAAGACAAGUCCUUCUGCUCAACUCUGUCUACCAGUCUUUUCAAGCUAAAGAUGUUCCAUCAAAUUCAAUGCUCAUGGGUCUGAUCGACAGAGUCCUGCUGCCAUUGGCCACUCAUUGCAGCCCUCCAGCUCUCUCUCAGUUCUUCAUCACUAAUAUCACUGAUAUCAUGACUACGCUACAAACACGCUUUACCAAGCCUGUUGAGUCAGUAUUUGAGAGUCAAAUUAUGAUGAAGAUGGGCCGUUAUAAACUGCUGGAGAUGUUGUACUCUCGUCUGCCGAAGGAGGAAGUCUACUCUAAAAGCUCAGCUAUCAACCAGACCUUCUGUGGCACACCUAAUGCUGAAGGCAAUGAGCUUUCCAAGAACCUCCUCAAAUCGUGUUUUGAGGCCUUCACUGAGAACAUGAGUGGAGAGACGGUUCUGCUGGAGUUAAGGAGACAGUAUCACUGUGCUGCUUAUAACUGUUCCAUCGCUCUGAUCAGCUGCAGCUUCAAUGAGACCAAGUUCUAUCAGGGCUUCCUCUUCACUGAGAAACCUGAAAAGAAUCAACUGAUUUUUGACAACCUCAUUGAUGCACAAAGGGUCUACAAUUUUCCUAUAGAGAUUGAUGUCCCUAUUGAAAGGAAGAAGAAAUAUGUUAUGAUCAGAAAGGAAGUGAGUGGGGAAAACGGAGAUGCACCGGUAUAUCUCUCCUCGCAGUCGUACAUGGCAGACAGCAGUCUCAGUGAAGAAAUGAGUCAGUUCGACUUCUCCACUGGAGUUCAGAGCUUCUCCUACAACUCCCAGAAUCCAUCAGGAGAGAGCAGCUCCAGCAGGACUCGGGAUCGUAAAGAAGUUUGGUCUCAGGAUGAGACUGUGGAGCUAGAGAUGGACGAGCUGAAUCAACAUGAAUGUAUGGCCAAUAUGACCGCGCUGCUGCGUCACAUGCAGAGGAACAACAUUACCCCUACAGUAGAGGAGGGUGUAACACCUGAUGAUCUUCCUCCAUGGAUGAAAUUCCUGCAGGGGAAGUUGAACAAUCCCUCCACCCCACUGAAUAUUAGACUCUUCAUCGCCAAGCUGAUCAUCAACACUGAGGAGAUAUUUCGUCCAUAUGGGAAGCAUUGGUUGGGUGCACUGGUACAGUUGGUGGUUUCCAGUAGCAAUGGAGGAGAGGGCAUUCAUUUCAUGGUGGUGGAUAUUGUGGUGACUGUCCUGUCAUGGACCAGUGUGGCCACACCAAAGGGUAACACUAGAGAUGAAGUGUUGGCCAAUCGGCUGCUUGGAUUUCUCAUUAAAAACUGCUUUCACAACAAGCGGCCUGUGUUUCGCCACAACCUGGAGAUCAUCCGCACAGUUGUAGAGUGCUGGAAAGACUGCCUCACCGUACCCUAUGAUUUGAUAUAUGAGCGCUUUGCUGGAACGGAUCCCAACAGCAAAGAUAACUCUGUUGGACUUCAGCUCUUAGGCAUUGUGAUGGCCAAUAACCUUCCACCUUAUGAUGCUGCGAGCGGGAUUGACCACGACAGAUACUAUCAUUCUCUAGCCAGCAACUUAUCAUUCAUCAGAUACAAAGAGGUGUACUCGGCGGCUGCAGAGAUCAUCGGCUUAAUCCUCAACUACUUCACUGAAAGACAAAGUCAAAACGAAGGGGCCUUAUUGAAUAUCACUGUUACUAAACUCAUGGAACUGAGGAAGAAGGAGGUGGAUGACAAAUUUAUUGUUUGCCUGAGCAAAGUGUCCAAACACUUCCCACCCCUGGUGGAUCAAUUUGUGAAUCCUGUGUUUUAUUUGCUGCCAAAGCUGCAUGGCGUGUUGAAGACACACUGCCUUGAAUGUGUGCUGAGUCGUGCUGAUGUCAUCCCUGAAAUCUACCUGCACCUCAAGACCAAAGGCCUUUCACAGAUCAUGAGUCACAGAGAUGAAGCCAGGCAACGUGUUUGUCUGGACAUCAUUCAUAAAAUCCUGGCAUGCCUAAAGCCGGAGGAGCUAAAAGAGAUUCUGGGAGCGGUCACAGCAUUUGUGUCUCAUCCUUCUCCUGUCUGCAGAGAGAGGAUGUAUGACAUCCUCAUGUGGAUUCAAGAUAACUACAGUGAUUCAGAGAGCAGAGAAGACAGCACAUCUGUGGAAGUGCUCAAUGCAGCUCGGGAGACUCUUCUUCAGGGACUGACAGAUGAGAACCACGGUUUACAGCUUUAUGUGCGUAAUUUCUGGAGUCACGAGAGGCGUUUACCUCCGGCCACGCUGGAGCGCAUGCUUGUCGUGCUAAAAUCGCUUUAUUCAUCACGCAUUGAGGAGCGGUUCCUCAGCCUGGUCACAGACCUACUGUUGGAGAUGACCAGUCACAGCCCUGACUUUGCACGCAACAUGUUUGAAUUCCCACUGUCAGAGUGCAAGUUUCAGGACUACACAAUACAGUCUAAUUGGCGUCUACGAAGUACAGUCCUAACGCCCAUGUUUAUGGAGACCCAGGCCACCCAGGGCCCUGGCACUCAGGGUUCAGAUGCUGGAGUGAACCAGGCAGGCACAAUGAGGGGUCAGAUCAGGGCCACACAGACAUCCCUGGAGUUCUCUCAGACUCUGGCUCCUGGCUCAGGGCGGCGGUCAGCGUAUAACUGGUUGACAGGAAGUAGCGUGGACACUCUGGCCGAUUAUUCCCUCUCAUCUGAUUCUCUCUCAUCACUCUUGGUGUUUGAGAAAAAGAGAUCAGAGCGACCUCAAGCCGCCUGGAGAGCCGUGGGCGCAGGGUUCGGUACGAAACGUCUGACCGCCACCGGUGAUGAGACAGACAGUCGGAGUGCAGCUGAGCGGGAGAGACGUGCAGACAUUCUGAGGCUUAGGCGGAGAUUUCUAAAGGACAGAGAGAAGGAGGGCGUCCGAUUCGCCAAGAAAGAAAUUCAGUCGCAAAGAACAGAAAGGGAGAGGAGAGCAGAUUUGAAGCUCCGUCAGGAUGCUCAGGUCACGCUGUACCGCAGCUACAGGGUUGGAGAUCUUCCUGAUAUUCAGAUUCAGCACAGCAGCCUCAUCGCCCCACUGCAAGCCCUAGCACAGAGGGAUGCUACACUGGCGAAGCAGCUGUUCAGCUCACUGUUUGCAGGGGUGCUGGUUGAAAUGGAGUCAUCUAAGUCUAAUAAAGAAACAGCAGGCAUUAUGAAGGAUCUGCUGCAGACGUUAAACACCUUCCUCAGCACAAGCACUGUGUACUUCCCCCCUUUUAUUUCCUGCGUGCAGGAUAUGAGUUAUCAUCACAAAGCCCUACUCGAUGUUAAGCCGAUCAAUGUGAGCGCCAGCUGUCUCGCCAGUCUGCAGCAGCCAAUGGGCAUCCUGUUACUGGAGGAGAGUUUGCUUCAAGGAACCACAGCGUCAGAUGAACCUCCCUCUAAAAAAGCAAGAGGCAAACGAGAACUGCCACCUGACACCGACAGAUGGAUCCACCUCGCCAAACUUUACAGGUCUUUGGGAGACUAUGAUGUGGUCAGGGGAAUCUUUAGUGGCAAGAUUGGAACAAAGUCAAUAACUUUUACAGCUCUACAGGCCGAAGCAAAGAGUGAUUAUGCUGAAGCAGUAAAACUCUACAAUGAGGCUCUGAACAAAGAGAAUUGGGAUGGUGGCGAGCCCACGGACACUGAGAAAGAUUUCUGGGAGAUCGCUGCACUGGAAGCAUACGAUCACCUGACAGAGUGGAAAUCUCUUCAGUACUGUGCCACAGUCAACAUAGACGCCAGUUCGCCCAUCAACCUAGACAAGAUGUGGGCGGAGCCAUUUUACGUGGAAACAUACCUGCAGUACAUGAUGCGCAGUAUGUUGAAGCAGUUGCAGCUGGGACAGAGAGAUCAGGCUCUGCUCAGCUUUGUCGAUGCUGCAAUGAAGAAGGAAGAGAGCAAGAUCGUCAUGGAGACCCAUUACAGUCAGGAGCUGAGUUUACUGUACAUCCUGCAAGAGGACUAUGACAGAGCCAAAUAUUACGCCAAUAACUGCAUGCAAGUCUUCAUGCAGAACUACUCUAGUAUCGACCCACUGCUGAACCGCAGUCGUCUGGCUGUGCUGCAGUCUGUUCAAGCUCUGACUGAGAUUCAAGACUUCCUGAAUUAUAUCACAGGAGAGGUCUCCGUAAAUUCUUUGAAGUUCUUGAUCAGACGGUGGACCAGUCGCUAUCCAGAUAUCAAACUGGACCCCAUGAAUGUCUGGGAUGACAUCAUCACAUCUCGUUGUUUCUUCUUGGAUAAGAUUUUGGAGAAGCUGAGUUCCAGCCCUGAAAACAGCAUGGAGGUGGAUGGUGCAGAGCAGGUCGGUGGAAAGGAGCCUGGAACACUGGUGAAGAACUGCAAGUUCAACAUGAAACUUCAAAUGGCAAACAGCGCAUGGAAACAGAAUAACUUUCCAGUGGCCACAAAGCUGCUGAAGGAACUCCACCGUGAGGCGAAGACGGAUGAUGCCUGGCUGCUCCGCUGGGUUCACAGCUUUAGCCGUUUCACUCACAGAAGAAGCGCUGGCCUCGGAUCAGUUGAACAGAUUAAUACUCUGCUCAAGAACGUUCCACUCCUGAUGGACACAAAGGAACAGAGUGAAAGCUCCUCGGCUCGUAUGUUCCGUGACCAGAAGAUCCUUCUCGGCACCACCUAUGGUCUGAUAGCCAGUGCUGUGGAUCGCAGUCCCUCGGCCCUGGAGACUCUUGGAGAAGAGAAGGCAGAAAAAAUUCUCAAACUUUCAAUGGCCUCAUCCAUCCCUCAGGUGGUGGAGGGUCUUCAGAUGCAGGCUCUGGAUCUGUUGCGCAGUGCUGCCCGUAAGGCCGAAGAGGAGGAGCAGUCCUUCAGCCAACAGCAUGUGGACAUGCGUGGUAUCGUGGAGGCCUACAUGACCUUGGUGAACUUCUGUGACAGAAGACUGAGAGAGAGUGAGCAGAAAGAAGAGCCGAUCAGUUCAAAGCUUCAGUCCUUACCUGCACAUGUAGUGAAGAUGAUGCUGAAAGCCCUGAAGCUCAACUCCGAGGAGGCCAGGCUCAAGUUCCCUCGACUGCUGCAGCUAGUGGAGCUGUACCCUGCCGAAACCCUCGACCUGAUGGUCAAAGAGGUGGUUAAUGUGCCUUGCUGGCUGCUGAUUGGCUGGAUCAGUCAAAUGAUGGCUCUGCUUGACAAGCCACAGGCAACAGCAGUUCAGCAUGUUAUAGAGGAGAUUGCGGAAUACUAUCCACAAGCUCUCAUCUACCCGUGCAUGAUCAGCAGUGAGAACUACACCUUUGAGGAGUCUGCGAGCGGUCAGAGGAACCGGCAGUUUGUUGAGAAGCUGAGGUCAUCACUGGAUAAAGGUGGGGUCAUUCAAGAGUUUGUAGAGGCACUUCAGCAGCUUACUAACCCUGAAAUGCUUUUCAAGGAUUGGUGGGACGAGGUGAAGAAUCGACUGGAGAAACCAAACCUGGACAAACAGAGUAUUAAACAGCUCUAUGAAGAACUGACUGGAUUACUUGGUGAUUCAAAGGCCCCGGGAUUCGGAUCUUUCAGGAGGAAAUUCAUUCAGAAAUUCUCUAAGGAAGUAGAGAAGCUUCUUGGUCCUGGAGGAUCCAAACUCUAUGAGAAGCGUAAGGAGAAGGCGUACCUACAGCAGGUGGACAAAAUGGCUGCCUCCAUGAGAGAUUUCCAGAAAGAGCCAGGAAAUCUGAAGGAGUACUCACCCUGGCUCAGCAGCUUCAAGGCGGACACGAUCAGAAAUGAACUGGAGGUGCCAGGUCAAUAUGAUGGCAGGUCAAAGCCUUUGCCAGAAUAUCAUGCAAAGAUAACAGGUUUUGAUGAAAGGGUAAAGGUUAUGAUGUCUAUUCGACGGCCGAAGCGUCUCAUCAUACGAGGAGAUGACGAGCGGGAUUAUCCAUUCCUAGUAAAGGGAGGAGAGGACUUGAGGCAGGACCAGCGUAUCGAACAGCUCUUCGGUGUGAUGAACAUGAUUCUCAGUCAAGACACUGCAUGUUCUCAACGUAGCCUGGCGCUUCGCACCUACCAAGUCAUUCCCAUCACCAGCAGGAUCGGCCUGAUCGAGUGGAUGGAGAACACCUGCACACUAAAGGACUUCCUUUCCAGCAGAAGAACUGAACAGGAGCUAAAGAGAGUUGCACUCACACAGCCUAAUGAAUGUUAUGGUAACUGGAUCAGUAAAAUGACUGGGAAGCCAGAUGGCAUUCAACGAUAUGCUGAACUGUACAAGAAGGCCAAACGUGUGGACACUGUUAACAACUUUAGGAGAAUUGAGCAGAUGGUGCCUGAUGACCUGUUAAAACGUGGCUUUCUGAGGAUGAGUACCACACCUGAAGCCUUCCUGUCAUUAAGAUCCCAUUUCAGCAGCUCUCACGCUGUGCUCUGCGUCAGUCAUUGGAUUCUGGGCAUUGGUGACCGCCAUCUCUCCAACUUCAUGAUCAACACAGAGACUGGUGGCAUGAUCGGCAUUGACUUCGGUCACGCUUUUGGAUCAGCAACACAGUUUCUCCCAGUGCCUGAACUGAUGCCAUUCAGACUGACACGGCAGUUUUUGAACCUGAUGCGACCCUUGGCUGAGUCUGGUCUCAUCCAGAGCGUGAUGGUCCACUCGCUACGAGCCUUCAGAGAUGACCCAGACCUGUUACUCAACACCAUGGAUGUGUUUGUUAAGGAGCCCUCACUAGACUGGAAGAACUUUGAGCUCAAGCAGUUGAAGAAAGGAGGUACCUGGACAGAAAGUGUGAAUACCAAAGAAAUAAACUGGUUCCCUCUACAGAAGGUCAACUUUGCUCGGCGGAAGCUAGAGGGAGUCAAUCCCUCGGUUAUAACAAGUGAGGAGCUCUGUCUGGGUUUUGAGAAGACUCCAGAGUAUAAGGGCAUGGUAGCUGUCGCUCGUGGAGAGGAACCACACAACAUACGAGCCCGACACAAGGAGAAAGAUCUUGGUGUUGAAGAGCAGGUAGACUGCCUGAUCGAUCAGGCAACAGAUCCCAAUAUACUGGGCAGGGUAUGGGUAGGCUGGGAACCAUGGAUUUGAGUCACUGUGACAAAAACAUUGUAUUUCUAAAAACUGUAAACGGUUUCUUAUAGUGUAUAGACAUGGCGUUUAGCUCCAUGCUUAAUUUCUUAACCACUGUCUAAUUGAGAUGAGGCUGUGAUAAUAUUCAAUAACACUCAAGACCUAAAUAUUUGCUACAAAACCGAUAUGUUGUGUUUGAAUUAUGUUUUAAUGUUGAUGAAGGAAAACUGGUGUAUUUUUUUCUGGAUGCAUUUUUCUAAAGGAAUCAUAAAAUAAAGCCUGCAAAGUGAUGUUGUGAAAGGC